AUGAGUGUGAAACCAGUUGUGUUGAGAUUGGGUAAAGUGGCAUAUGCCAACGAAGCUUGGAAGAAUCUGGCCAAGAUUGCUAAUGUGGUCACCAUUCCAGAGAGUACGACUCGUGAACAAUUCUUGGAGGCGUUGAAAGACCCUCAAAAUGAGGUCUCCAAGACACAAAUCAUCACUAGGACUUUUGCCAGUGUCAAGCAGACUGGCAGGUUCGACGAAGAGAUCGCCAAGAGUUUGCCCAGCUCUGUGGUCGCGGUUUGCCAUCUGGGCGCCGGUUAUGAUCAAAUCGAUACCAAAUUCUUUAGUGAGAGAAAGAUCCAAGUGACCAAUGUUCCGGAACUCGUCAACAACGCCACUGCUGACACCCACGUUUACCUUCUGUUGGGUGCGCUCAGGAACUUUGAGUACGGGAACCGCACGUUGCUGGCAGGGAAAUGGCCAUCAGCCGGCGCUGCAGGCGGUGCUCCUGUUGGAAAUGAUCCUGAAGGUAAAGUUGUCGGUGUCUUGGGCUUGGGCGGCAUUGGCCGUACGGUUGUAGAGAGACUAAAACCAUUUGGAUUCGCGAAAUUCAUCUACCACAAUAGGAGAAGACUGUCUCCAGAGCUCGAGAAUGGUUGUGAGUACGUUUCAUUUGAUGAGUUACUAGCGCAGUCUGAUAUCAUAUCUGUCAAUAUUCCAUUAAAUGGUAACACUAGACACAUUUUGAACCGUACUGCGUUCGAGAAAAUGAAAGAUGGCGUCGUUAUCGUGAAUACAGCUCGUGGUGCUGUCAUCGAUGAGUCGGCGCUAAUCGAAGCUUUGAAAUCUGGUAAAGUCAGAUCUGCAGGUCUGGAUGUGUUCGAAGACGAACCACAUGUUCCACAGGAACUGCUGGACAUGCCACAAGUCCUCGGACUCCCACAUAUGGGAACAAACACGUUCGAAACCAUUAAGCACAUGGAGGAGUUUAUUGUUGAAAACGUUGAGGCAUUAAUCAAAUCCGGCAAAGGGUUGACUAUUGUCCCAGAGUUGCAAGGUGAGCCCUGGAUCGAGCAAGCCAAGCCUCUGGUUUAA